AGUACUCCUCCAUCAUCUUCUCUCUAGCGGCGAACGCGGUUUUGAUUACAGUUGGAACACAGAAAAAGGGGAAAAACCAAAACCGAAGAAAGUGCCCCGCGACCUAGUGGGCAGGCGGUACAGUGGUGGGGAAGAUAUGCCUCGGGAGAGGCCGCCGGCGGUGCACGCCGAGGCCGAGGCCGAGGCUCCGGAGGUGGUGGAGAUGGCGCCGGAGCUGGAGGAGCGGGAGGAGAGGUGGGCGCGCCUGCUGCCGGAGCUCCUCCAGGAGGUGGUGCGGCGCGUCGAGGCGUCCGGCGGCGAGCGCUGGCCGGCCCGCAAGGACGUCCUCUCCUGCGCCGGCGUCUGCCGCCGGUGGCGGGACGCCGCCGUCGCCGUCGUGCGGCCGCCUGCGGUGUCCGGCAAGAUCACCUUCCCGUCCUCGCUCAAGCAGCCAGGGACAAGGGAGUUCCCAAUGCAGUGUUUUAUCAAACGGAAUAAGAAGAACUCUACGUUCUACCUCUACCUCGGCUUGACAACUGCUACUGUAGAUAAAGGGAAAUUUCUUAUGGCCGCGAGAAGGUUUAGGCGUGGUCCCCAUACUGAGUACAUUAUAUCCCUUGAUGCCGACGACCUGUCACAAGGGAGCAAUGCAUAUUUGGGGAAACUGAGAUCCGAUUUUUGGGGAACAAACUUCAAAGUAUAUGAUAGCAAGCCACCGUAUGAUGGCGCUAAAGCAUCAAGUAGCCGAUCUAGUCGGCGUUUUGGAAGCAGAAGAAUAAGUCCCCAAGUAUCAUCGGGCAACUAUGAGGUUGGACAGCUUUCGUACAAAUACAACCUGCUCAAAUCCAGAGGCCCCAGGCGAAUGUAUUGUGCACUCGAGUGCCCAUCAACUCAGGAUACCUGGGAAAACUCCCUCAAGACAAAGGUCCGCAAGCCCAUGGGGACCACGGUUUUAAGAAACAAAGCUCCCCGCUGGCACGAGCACUUGCAGUGCUGGUGCCUGAACUUCCACGGGCGGGUAACAGUUGCGUCCGUCAAGAAUUUCCAGCUGGCUGCUGCUGCCGACCCCAAUGACCCUACUAGCUCCAAGGAUGCGGAGACGGUUCUACUGCAAUUUGGUAAGGUCGACGAUGAUAUCUUCACGAUGGAUUAUCGGCAGCCACUCUCAGCAUUUCAAGCUUUUGCCAUCAGCCUCAGCAGCUUUGGUACGAAGCUGGCUUGUGAGUAGAAUUGCGGUGAUGCUCGAUGUGUUGUCAUGUGGUUGUUGCAGUCAGAUGCAUCUGUGCGUCGUGUUGUGUCUCAGUAAUUUUGCAUUUUUUUUGUUUUUUUUUUAGUUUGGAUGUGAAGGUACUAUAUAUCUGUAUCAUGCUCUUGUACUUUGGAUGGAUUUCGUUCGAAACGAAAAUUAUGUUCUGUAAAGUUCUGCUGGAAACUGAAAGCGAAAAUUGGGCUGAUGUA